AUGUCAGGGGCUGUCACUGGGAUCUCAGGGGGGUCACUGGGGAUCUCAGGGGAUCUCAGGGGAUCUCAGGGGCUGUCACUGGGGAUCUCAGGGGAUCUCAGGGGAUCUCAGGGGGAUCCCCGGGGACCAGGGCCGGGCGGUGGCGCGGCGCCGGGAGCGCAGCCCCGCAGUGACCGCGGCGCUGUGGCCGCAGCGGCGCAGCCGAGGUUCGUGGAGGAGCCCGAGGACCAGAGCGUGGUGGCCGGGCAGAGAAUCGUCCUGUCCUGCGUGGUGCUCAACUACUCCGGCAUCGUGCAAUGGACCAAGGACGGGCUGGCCCUGGGCAUGGGGCAGGGCCUCAAAGCCUGGCCCCGGUACCGCGUGGUGGGCACGGCCGACUCGGGCCAGUACAACCUGGAGAUCAGCCAGGCCGAGCUCUCCGAUGACGCCGUCUACGAGUGCCAGGCCACCGAGGCCGCGCUGCGCUCGCGCCGCGCCAAGCUCACCGUGCUCAUCCCCCCGGAGGACCCCACGAUCGACGGAGCCCCCGAAAUCCUGCUGAGGGCGGGGACCCCCUACAACCUGACGUGCCGCGCCCGCAGCGCCAAACCGGCCGCCAGCAUCGCCUGGUUCCGCGACGGGCAGCAGCAGGAGGGAGCUGUCACCAGCACGGAGCUGCUGGCCGAUGGCAAGCGCGAGACCACCACGAGCCUGCUGGCCAUCAACCCCACGGACCUGGACAUCGGCCGCGUCUUCUCCUGCCGCAGCUCCAACGAGGCCGUGCCGGGCGGCAAAGAGACCUUCGUGCGCCUCAACGUGCACCAUCCCCCGACGGUGACUUUGUCCAUCCAGCCCCAAACCGUGCAGGAGGGCGAGAGGGUCGUGUUCACCUGUAUGGCCACGGCCAACCCCGAGAUCAAGGGCUACAGGUGGGCCAAAGGUGGGGUUCUCAUCGAGGAGGCCAAGGAGAACAGGUACGACACGCAGGUGGAUUACACCUUCUUCACCGAGCCCGUGUCCUGCGAGGUGCACAACGACAUCGGCAGCACCAACGUCAGCACCCUGGUGGACGUCCACUUCGCCCCCCGGAUCGUGGUGGAUCCCAAACCUACGGUGACCGAUAUCGGUUCCGAUGUCACCUUGACCUGUGUGUGGUCGGGGAAUCCUCCCCUGACCCUCACCUGGACCAAGAAGGAAUCCAACAUGGUGCUGAGCAACAGCAACCAGCUGUACCUGAAGUCGGUGACGCAGGCGGACGCGGGCCAGUACGUCUGCAAGGCCAUCGUGCCCCGCAUCGGCGUGGGAGAGAGGGAGGUCACGCUCUUCGUCAACGGCCCCCCGAUCAUCUCCAGCGAGCCGGUGCAGUUCGCGGCGCGCGGCGACCGCGGCAAGGUCGAGUGUUUCAUCGGCAGCACGCCGCCCCCGGAUCGCAUCGCGUGGGCGUGGCAGGAGAACAUUCUGGAAGCGGGGACGCUGGAGCGCUACACGGUGGAGAGGAGCAACACGGGCAGCGGCGUUCUGUCCACGCUGACCAUCAACAACGUCAUGGACGCCGACUUCCAGACGCGCUACAACUGCACGGCCUGGAACAGCUUCGGGCCCGGCACCGCCAUCAUCCAGCUCGAGGAGAGAGAGGUCCUGCCCGUGGGCAUCAUCGCCGGGGCCACCAUCGGGGCCAGCAUCCUCCUGGUCACCUUCCUGGUGGCCCUCGCCUGCUUCCUGUACCGGCGGCGCAAAGGAAGCCGCAAGGACGUCACCCUGCGCAAGCUGGACAUCAAGGUGGAGACGGUGAACCGGGAGCCGCUGACGCUGCACGGUGACCGCGAGGAGGACACGGCCAGCGUGUCCACGGCCACCCGCGUCAUGAAGGCCAUCUACUCGUCUUUCAAGGACGACGUGGAUUUGAAGCAAGACCUGCGCUGCGACACCAUCGACACCCGCGAGGAAUACGAGCUCAAGGACCCAACCAACGGCUACUACAACGUCCGCGCCCACGAGGAGCGCCCGGCGUCGCGCUCCGUCCUCUACCCCGACUACCGCGCCCCCGCCGCGCCCGCGCCCCGCUUCGACGCGCGCCCCCCGUCUCGACUCUCCCACUCCGGCGCCUACGCCCAGCUCGGUUCUUACGCCCGUCCAGAAUUCCCGACGGAUCCCGCGGCGGGAGGCGACAACUCCAGCCAGCUUUCCUACGAGAAUUACGGCACCGCCGCGGCGUUCCCGGCCGGUUAUCCCGCUUACCGCGUGGGUUUCGGCAAUUCCGCCGCCUUGGAAAGGGGAGCGUACGAGGCGUACGAGGCCGUGGGGAAAUUCGGGAGCGCCGCCAGGUUUUCCUACACGUCCCAGCACUCGGACUACGGGCAGAGAUUCCAGCAGAGGAUGCAGACGCACGUUUAGGGACGGGGAU